CACUGGCACUGGGGCUCCUCUGUGUUUUCAUCACGGCACAGGCAGGCAAUCUGCAGCAACUGGCAUGUCUACUCCCUUAUGUGUGGUGUUGCGCCUCCUCCCGUGUCUUCACAUCUCUGCGGUAGCUCGGAGAGGCCACACGCAACGUACCCUACUUCGUGCUUGUUAUGAUCCUUCGAAUCACCAUGAGUAUCCGCAAUCGCACGGCAGAACUCCAUGCGCCCCAGUAAAGCCGGCUAUGAGAAGACCGCAGCAAGAUCACCCACAAGAACAUAACUACCUGCGGCUUUGGGGAGAUGUUGUAAGCCAAAAACUGGAUCUUGCCCUUCCAUAUGUAUCCUGCUACCUGACUAACAAAACACGACACAUGAUUCCUAAGUUCUGA